AUGUUACUAAUCAUAUCAUUCUUCAUCGUCUCCAUCUUCCUCCUCUUCAUAUUCUCACUCUUCCACACAAUCUUCCAUCAAAAACUACGUUACUGCAGCUGCGAGAUCUGCCAUGCUUACCUCACUUCAAGCUGGAGAAACGAUUUCGUCAAUCUCAGCGAUUGGUACGCUCAUCUUCUCCGGCGAUCUCCGACGUCGACGAUCAAAGUCCACGUCCUCAACAGCGUCGUAACCGCAAAUCCUUCAAACGUCGAACACAUCCUCAAAACGCGAUUCCACAAUUAUCCGAAAGGCAAACAGUUCUCCGUUAUCCUCGGUGAUCUCUUAGGCCGUGGGAUUUUCAACUCCGACGGUGACACGUGGCGUUUCCAGAGAAAGCUCGCGAGUUUGGAGCUCGGGAGCGUCUCCGUCAGAGUUUUCGCUCACGAGAUCGUUAAAACGGAGAUCGAAACUCGGUUAAUCCCGGUUUUGACAUCGUUCUCGACUAAUCCGAGCUCGGUUUUGGAUCUUCAAGAUGUUUUCAGGAGGUUCUCGUUCAAUACGAUAAGCAAAUUGAGUUUUGGGUUCGACGCGGAUUGUCUCCGGCUUCCUUUUCCGACGUCGGAAUUCGCCGUCGCGUUUGACGCAGCUUCGACGCUUUCCGCGAAACGCGCGUUGGCUCCGUUUCCUCUACUGUGGAAAAUCAAAAGGAUUUUCAAAAUCGGGUCGGAGAAAGAGCUUAAGGAAUCAAUUAAUGUGAUAAACCGGUUAGCUGGUGAUUUGAUUAAGCAACGGAGGUUAAGCGGUUUGACGGGGAAAAAGAACGAUUUGAUCUCGAGAUUCAUGGCGGUUUUGGCAGAGGACGACGACGAGUAUCUCCGAGACAUCGUAGUAAGCUUUCUAUUGGCUGGUCGGGACACGGUGGCUGCCGGUUUAACAGGAUUCUUUUGGUUAUUGACGCAUCAUCCAAAAGUAGAGAACCGGAUCAAGGAAGAAUUGGACCGGGUCAUGGGUCCCGGUUUUGAUUCAGUCACUUCCUCUUGCGAUGAAAUGAGAGAUAUGAAUUAUUUGCAUGCGGCGUUGUACGAAAGCAUGAGAUUGUAUCCACCGGUCCAAUUCGAUUCCAAAUUCGCAUUAAACGAUGACGUUUUAGCCGAUGGUACAUUUGUGAAAAGAGGUACUAAAGUCACGUAUCAUCCUUACGCAAUGGGUCGGAUGGCCCGGAUCUGGGGACCUGAUUACCAAGAGUUUAAACCGGAUAGGUGGUUGGAUAAUCAAGGUAAAUUUCGGCCCGAAAAUCCGGUUAAGUAUCCGGUUUUUCAAGCCGGAGCUAGGGUUUGUGUGGGGAAAGAAAUGGCUAUCAUGGAGAUGAAAUCCAUAGCUGUGGCGAUGAUUAGAAAAUUCAAAAUGCAGGUUGCGGGCCCUGGAUCGACCGAGAUGCUCCGGUUUGCACCGGGGCUCACAGCGACGGUUAAUGGUGGAUUACCGGUUAUGAUCCGAGAAAGAGAAGCUUAA